UGCCCAUCAAUGCCACCUUACAGUGCCCAUCAGUGCCUCCUAUCAAUGCUCAUCAGUGCUGCCUAACAGUGCUAGUCACGGCCGCCUAACAGUGCCAGUCUCUGCACCCUAUCAGUGCCAGUCUCUGCACCCUAUCAGUGCCGCCUAUCAGUGCCAUAUAUGAGUGCUGCCUUUCAGUGCCCAUCAGUGAUGCCUGUCAAUGCCCAUCAGUGCCACCUACUAGUGCCUUCUCAUCAGUGCCCAUCAGUGUCACCUAUCAGU